GGCAGGCGCGAUCCGCCGGGCUCUUGUUCUUUUUUUAAUUUCCAGUUUUUGAUCGGGCAGUCUGUCCCGGCUGGGCUCCGGCUGCGCGCGGGAGCGGGAGGGCGCGCGCAGGGGAGGGACCGAGGGACGCGCGGACUUUUAGAGGGAGGGACCGGGUGGCGGUCCCGCGGCGCUCGGAGAGCAGGAAAGAAGUGCAGCGCGAGGCGCUCGGGAGGCACGGUUCCCGGGCUGUCGCCGCCUCCCGUCCGCACCCGCCACCGUCGGGGAGAAGCCCGGGAGCGAAGACUAGAGCCCGAGGCGCGGCCGGCAGGGAGCGAGCGCGCAGCAGCCGGUGCGCGGCCGCGGCGAGGGCGGGGGAAGAAAAACACCCUGUUUCCUCUCGGGCCCCCACCGCGGAUCAUGUACCAGGAUUAUCCCGGGAACUUUGACACCUCGUCCCGGGGCAGCAGCGGCUCUCCUGCGCACGCCGAGUCCUACACCAGCGGCGGCGGCCAGCAGAAAUUUCGGGUAGAUAUGCCUGGCUCAGGCAGCGCCUUCAUCCCCACCAUCAACGCCAUCACAACCAGCCAGGACCUGCAGUGGAUGGUGCAGCCCACGGUGAUCACCUCCAUGUCCAACCCGUACCCCCGCUCGCACCCCUACAGCCCCCUGCCGGGCCUGGCCUCGGUCCCUGGGCACAUGGCGCUCCCGAGACCUGGUGUGAUCAAGACCAUUGGCACCACCGUGGGCCGCAGGAGGAGAGAUGAGCAGCUGUCCCCUGAAGAAGAGGAGAAACGUCGAAUCCGAAGGGAGAGGAACAAGCUGGCCGCAGCCAAGUGCCGAAACCGCCGCCGGGAGCUGACGGAGAAGCUGCAGGCGGAGACAGAGGAGCUGGAGGAGGAGAAGUCAGGCCUGCAGAAGGAGAUUGCCGAGCUGCAGAAGGAGAAGGAAAAGCUGGAGUUCAUGCUGGUGGCCCACGGGCCUGUGUGCAAGAUCAGCCCCGAGGAGCGCCGAUCGCCUCCCGCCUCUGGGCUGCCGUCCCUGCGUGGUGGCGGUGGUGGAGCGGGCGCCGUGGUGGUGAAACAGGAGCCCCUGGAAGAGGACAGCCCCUCCUCGUCGGCUGGGCUAGACAAGGCCCAGCGCUCUGUCAUCAAGCCCAUUAGCAUUGCUGGGGGCUUCUACGGGGAGGAGCCCCUGCACACCCCCAUCGUGGUGACCUCCACGCCGGCCAUCACUCCAGGCACGUCAAACCUCGUCUUCACCUACCCCAGCGUCCUGGAGCAGGAACCACCUGCGUCACCCUCCGAGUCCUGCUCCAAGGCUCACCGUAGGAGCAGUAGCAGUGGGGACCAGUCAUCAGACUCCUUGAACUCCCCCACUCUGCUGGCUCUGUAACCCGGCUCCCGGGGGGUCCUCGUCACUGCCUCGUUCCCAGGGACCAGCACCUUCAAGUGCUCCAGGGCCGUGAGGGCAAGAGGGGCCCCUGCCAGAGAGCUGCCCGGCUCUGGGGACACCCAGGUGGGAUUUGGCCGUGAGGCGCUGGAGGACUUCAGCCAUCUCUUAGAAGUCAUGGGACCUCCUCCAUCAUUCGUCUUGCAAAGCAAAUCCUGUUUCUUGAAAAGCCUUGGAGAACUUGGUUUGGUGGACUCAGGCAUCUCUCUGGCUUCUGAAGAGCCUGCAGUGGGUGUGGACCGUUCCUGUCCCUUGUUAUGCUACGUCUCUGGAGUGAUGGUGUCCUUCCCUGCCCCACCCAGCAUGCUCAGUGCCUUUUGGUUUCACCUUCCCACUAUUCGCCCCUUCCUCCCCCCAGUGUCAAUUUCACUUCCUCUUGGUUUUUAUCAAAUUUGCCAUGACAUUUCAUCUGGGUGGUCUGAAUAUUAAAGCUCUUCAUUUCUGGAGAUGGGCAGCAGGUGACUGACUCUUCUGCUGGGGCUGACUUGUCCGGAAGGGGACAGUCAAUGUGCAAUACAGAACCUUCUCUCCCUUGACACCCCCCGGUCCACCGCCAUCUCCAGGACCACCAUCAGGGCUCCCUGAGCUCUCAAGGAGAUGUUGCCGUCACUGGGAGGCCCAGAGGACCCUUCCUCUCCAUCCUCGGAGACAACUUUUUGGAGGAGCGGCUUGUCCAGAAGACAGGGUGUGAGUGAGACAGCUGGGGCACAGGUUGGGUUUGCCAAAUGCCUAAUUACCAGGCCAGGAAUAGUGCCAACAAGCCACACAGGUGUCCUAGCCAGCUUCCCUUUACCUGGUGUCUUGAGCAGGAUGUCUCCUAUAAUUACUGCCUCACCACCCUGCCCCUGCACCCUUCUCUCUAGACCAGGGAGGCGUCCCUCCCUAGGAACCACACAUCACUCCAAGUCCCUACUGGCUCUGCCCUCCGCCAGCCUGGCUCUCAGGGUGACGCCACCCACGGAGAUUUAAUGAGCGUGGGCCUGGCCCCUCCCCAGAUUGCUGCCAGGUGGCCCCUCCCCAAGCCUCAAAGGCACUUUUGCUGUGGAUGGAAAGGUAGGGGAGGAAGGAGGGAGGCAGAGUGGGAUUCGCCUCUCAGCAAGCUGCCGGGCCUUUUCUACCUUCUGUGGUCACCGGCUACCUGAUGGAGUGCUUUCUCUUUUACAUACUCCUUCCCCCAGAAUGCUCCUUGGGUCCAGCCAGCCAGCUGUGGACCACUGGGCCCGCAGCUGUUGCUAAUAAGGCUGGGGGCUUACCUGUCAUUCCUGGGGGGCUGCUGAAAUCAGAGAUAAGAUGUGUUGCUUCCCAUUGCAGGAGAGGUGCCCCCUUCCCCUAUGGGGCGGGGAGCGGGGAGGGGGUCCUCUGGCCUCCUGCAAAAGCACAGCUGGGCGGGUUCCCUGCCUCCCACCCCUCUGAGCCUUUUUCUCCUGAGGGCAGAGCUCUGGCUGAUCUUCUUGGAUUGGCCUCUGCUGGGCUAGCUGCUCUGGGGGAGACCCUGCUAUUGUGAUUCAGCUCUAGAGAUCAUUGUAUGAUAAUUUAAAAUUAUAUAGAUAUUAUUUAAAUCAAACCCAGUGGGGGUUAAAUUUCAAAGUUAGACUCGGGAGAAAGAGAGAGAGAGAG